AUGCCUGUCUCAGUCGAGCUCAAUACCCCUCUGGCUGACGCCCUCAACUCUGCUAUCCAACCGAAGCUGGAGCAGUAUGGCUGGGCCACCGGAGGUGCUGACGAUGCCGCCCUCACCGAAUACAUCAUCCUCAUGCUCGUCAACGGCAAGACACAAGAAGAGGUCACUAGAGAGCUAUCAACAGACCUCCUCGGACUCGACCCCAACGAUUCUGGCCUUCUCGAGUUCUCAAACUGGCUUUUCGCCACCAUCGACGCUCUCUCUGUUCAGUUCGGAUCCGGCGAUGCGCAAGCCGACGCCACGACGGGAGCCGUCCCGGCGGAGUCGGGCGUGCCUGAUGAGGAUCAGGACAUGGACAUGAGCACAAACGAUGGUCUCGCAGAAAUCAACGCACCUACAGGCCCCAAAGCUAUGCGUAACGGUGCCGACAGAGGCCGCGGGAAGCGACUCGUAGGACAACUAAACCGCGCGAUGGACAGGACGCACGAGAAUGUCCUCCACCGCGUGCGCGGGGCGACCGGCAACGAGAGGAUCAACUCGCAUUCCCGCACACCCCCGACCGGUCCUCGCAUGGGUACUGGAAGACAGCCGCGGGGACCGAAUCAACGCGCAGCCAACAUCGCCCAUGGCCUCGCUAACAUGAACUCCAUGCCUCCCGGCCCACCUGGCAUGAACGGGGGAGCUAUGGGACCCAUGAACGGCUGGGGAAUGAUGCCCGGUCAACCACAGCAAUCGGAUCUCUUGCAAAUGAUGGAAGUGCAGCAACAAAUGCUGAACCAGAUGCAGCAACAAUUGAUGAUGCAGCAAGGCGGCGCGGCGAACGGCCAGGGGCGUGGAAAGUCACUGUUUGAGCGCGCGCAGAACCCCAACCAACGAGGCAAUUUCCGAGGCCGCGGUGGCCACCACCAGAAUGGUCGCAAUCACUCACAUGCGUCGGAAGGGCCCAAGACAGAGCCGACUGAGCAGGGUGAAGGGGAUUCGGACAUGUCUGGUGUCAAGCGUGAGCAAGGAAACCCCGAGGAAACGGUCUGCCGCUUCAAUCUGAGUUGCAACAACAAGGACUGCAAGUUUGCCCAUCAAUCACCGGCCGCGCCCCCCGGAGCGACAGUCGACGUCCAGGAUGUUUGCAGUUUUGGUGCAGCUUGUAAGAAUUUCAAAUGUGUUGGUCGGCAUCCGUCGCCUGCCACGAGGAUGGCGCACCAGAGCGAGCAAGACUGCAAGUUCUGGCCGAACUGUCAGAAUGCCCGGUGCCCGUUUAAGCACCCAUCCAAGCCUCCCUGCCGCAACGGCGCCGAUUGCAAGACACCCGGCUGUGAAUUCUACCACAACACGGUGAUGUGCAAGUUCCGCCCCUGCACGAACCGAUACUGUCAAUUCAAGCACGAGGAGGGCCAGCGCGGGUCGUUCCCCGACAAGGUGUGGACUGCUGACGGCGCCAAGGAACACGUCAGUGAGCGCCAGUUCGCGGAUGGCAAAGCAGCUGAGGAGCAGGUAAUACCUGGCUCAGGAGACGACGCGAUGGGCGGUACUGAGGCGACCGUGACGGGCUAG